AUGGAAGCUCGCCAUGUCUGUCAGGCUUCAAUAGUGGCUGGGUCGCAGUCCUGUUCCCGGAUCUCUUGGGGGAAAAGCUUUAGGUUUCUUCGGGUUUUGAGUAGGCUUCGGGGGGCUCAGCCAUUGGUUUGUAUAACGACGGUAUUCUCUUGGUGGUCUCCGUUACUGAUUCUCUCUCAACCCUAUCGUGGCUUUGUUUUUGCUAUAUCUGGCCACUCUUGUGUUCUGGUUCCUUUCAACCGAUCUAGACUCUCUCGGAUGGGUUUGUCUCGUGCCUGGACAUGGACUGUAUCUCAGUUUCUGGUUUCAGCUCGUGAUGUGAGGCUCCCUUACUAUGUGCUGCUGAUUCGAUUGGUUUGGUUUGUCGUUAUCUCAUUAUGGUAG